CACGUUGAGAAUGCAAGCAGUACGUCAAGGCCUUUAGGAAUAACAGAACGAGUUUUACUUGAAAGGCAACGUAUUAAUGGCUGGGGGACCGUGACAUCGGCACUGUUGGUGGAUUCUACGCAAGAACUGAAGCAAGAUGACCUCAGAAAAGCACUUGGCCUUCUUACUAAACGGUACCCUUUACUUCGUAUGAGAAUAAAAGAAUCCGCCGAUGAAGUAUUCUUUGAAGAAAUGGAAGACCACGAUAAAGUUGAUUUUGACCUGUUGGACCAUAUAACAGCCGAUAACUGGGUACAAGGCACGGAGGAAGAACUUAACGGUUGUAAUUUUGACAUCACCAGGGGGCCUUUGUGGCGAGUCAAACUACUGAAAGAAAAUUUCAGCGAGAGAAAAUACAAAAACGCAGUGGUGUUUACAUUUAUGCACGUCAUCUGUGAUGCGCUCUCUAUUUUUGCGCUUCAAAGAAAGCUACUGGAAUUUCUCAAUUCUCUCAGCAGCGGCCAAGAAGUUGAAGCAGAAAGUCUUCCUCUUAGGCCUCCACUGGAAUCACUGGCCGAUGUUGUUCACCCUAGCACCAAAGAGAAGAUAUUGUUCUCGAGUUUCUUUAAGUUCCAGCAAACCAAAGCGUUUCUUGUCAAGCCCAAGAAUUUGUUUCUAUCGAUUUAUCCCCCUGUGGCAAGAAAAGAUCCGGCGGUGACCAAGAAAACCAGUCUUUCGGCUCGUAGUCUCACUGAAGAAGAAACCAAACUGCUCAUCAACAGGUGUAAGGAAAACAGAUGCACAGUCCAUGGCCUAAUUACUGCUUCCACGCAUCUCGCGAUUGCGCGAAUUCUACUUCGAGGGAAACACGAUUUGAAAUCUCCAGUGUCGCUGGAAUCAUCUUACACCAUCAGUUUACGAAAAGAUUGCGAGCCAAAGCUCAGCAACGAAGAAUUUGGUGCCUACAUGACCGCCAGUGGUUUGACAAUUGCCGUGCCUCCGGUUGAGCCAAACGACAAGCAAGGCUUCUGGGAGUUCGCGCGUGAGUGCUCUCGCAAAGUCCACGCGCAGUUGGAUUCUGGAAAGUAUCGAAAUCUACCGAAGUUGUAUCAGUGUGUUGAUGUUCGAUCGUACUGCAAAAUGUCCAACAUUGAUUUCAACGAGGGUCGUAGAGUCCAGGUCCUUAACAUAACCAACUGUGGAGCCUUGGUGACAAAGCAAGCGGAAGAUAUUCGUUACAAGUUUGCUGGCUGGUACUUUGGCCUGCAAGGCACUAAUACAAGUCACCUGUUUGGAAAUAACAUCGUGACGAUAGAUGGGCGACUUUACUGGGCCGUGGAGUAUUUCCCACAUGUCACUACCAUGACACAAGCUGAAGAAGUAUUUGACUCGACUUUGGAAGUAAUAAAGCAAGCUUGCAUGGAGUGA